AUGUCUUUGAAGAACCGUGGCGGCGUUGGUCAUAGAGCAUGGAACCUCCUGCGGCUCUCAUUGCUGUGGGCACGUAAAGGUGGGGUGUUCAGACGCAAGCUGGCUAUGGAGCUGCGUCUAGUACCAAAGUACUUGAAGCGCCUUGGCCACACAACCCCACCUAGCCAGAUUCACUACUUUGAGCGCGAGCUCUCAUUCGACGAGACUCCCAUCUUCCAUGUCAAGAUGUCCCGUCCAUCUUCUAUGCGCUUCCACUUGCCUCACAUUCCAUGUAUAAACCCACAUGUUGAUUUUGACUAUGAUUUUAAUGAUGACGACGACAAUAUUGUUGAAUAUGGCAACGGGAGAAAGAGUGCCCUUAUGGAUGCAGGAGACCAAGACGAAGAAGUUUAUUAUGGUUAUGAAGGAGGAUGCCAAGAGAUGGCUUCCGAUGAAGAUGCACAAGGAAUAGAUAAGCGAGCCGAGGAGUUCAUUGCUCAAUUCUAUCAGCAAAUGAAGCUCCAACGUCAAAUUUCUCUUCUACAGUACAACGAAACAACCAACAGAAACAGAAGUUGA